GGAACACAUUGGCUCCUGGGCACUUCCUCUGGUUUAGGAAGGCCAGGCCCUGAAUGAGAAUGGCAAGACGAUCAUUCCAAAAGGACAGAUCCUGAUGACCCUCUCUGGGACUCCCAACAAAGGGACUCACUCAAGAACCAUCACCGUUUCAAGUCAUGGAUACUAAUGAUGACCCUGAUGAAGAUCAUCUUACAAGUUAUGACAUUCAGCUCAGUAUUCAAGAAUCCAUUGAAGACAGCAACACUGAAUUUUAUCGUGAAAGAUUUAUACCACUAAGUGAUCAAAACAGAAAACUCGUAGAGGCCAUAAAACAAGGCCACAUUCUUGAGCUCCAGGAGUAUGUGAAAUAUAAAUAUGCGUUAGAUGAAGCUGAUGAAAAAGGAUGGUUUCCGUUGCAUGAAGCUGUUGUUCAACCCAUUCAACAAAUACUUGAAAUUGUUCUGGAUGCAUCCUAUAAGACACUCUGGGAGUUCAAGACCUCUGAUGGGGAAACACCCUUGACAUUGGCAGUCAAAGCUGGUCUGGUGGAAAAUGUAAGAACUUUACUGGAAAAGGGAAUAUGGCCAAACACCAAAAAUGACAAAGGAGAGACACCUCUUCUGAUUGCUGUAAAAAGGGGCUCCUAUGACAUGGUGUCUGCUCUGCUCAGAUACAACACCAGCCUUGACCAGCCCUGUGUCAAGCGAUGGUCAGCAAUGCACGAAGCUGCCAAGCAAGGCCGCAAAGAUCUCAUAGCUCUGCUGCUGAAACACGGUGGAAAUGUCCACCUGAGAGACGGGUUCGGAGUCACACCGUUAGGUGUUGCUGCUGAGUACGGUCACUGUGAUGUGUUGGAACACCUAAUCCACAAAGGGGGUGAUGUGUUUGCUUUGGCCGAUGACGGGGCAUCAGUGUUGUUUGAGGCAGCAGGAGGCGGCAAUCCUGACUGCAUUUCUCUCCUGCUGGAAUACGGAGGAAGCGGAAAUGUGCCUAACAGAGCAGGGCAUCUUCCUAUUCACCGAGCUGCCUACGAGGGACAUUAUCUUGCACUGAAAUAUCUUAUUCCAGUAACAUCCAAAAAUGCAAUCCAGAAAAGUGGGCUGACACCAGUUCAUUCCGCAGCAGAUGGGCAAAACGUGCAGUGCCUGGAGCUGCUCAUUGAAAAUGGUUUUGAUGUCAAUGCUCUGCUCGCUGACCACAUUUCUGAGAGCUAUGAUGACGAGAGGAAGACUGCGUUGUAUUUUGCUGUUUCUAAUAAUGAUAUCCAUUGCACAGAAGUCCUUCUGAAUGCAGGUGCAGACCCAAACUUAGAUCCCCUCAACUGUCUACUUGUGGCUGUGAGGGCCAAUAACCAUGAGAUUGUCCGGCUGCUCCUCUCCCAUGGAGCUAAUGUCAAUUGUUAUUUUAUGCAUGUCAAUGACACUCGUUUCCCCAGUGCCAUUCAGUAUGCCCUAAAUGAUGAGGUAAUGUUGAGGCUGUUGCUGAAUAAUGGCUAUCAAGUGGAGCUGUGCUUUGAAUGCAUGCACGGGGACAUCUUUGGGAAUUCAUUUGUGUGGUCAGAGAUAGAGGAAGAGGCACUGCCAGGAUGGACCUCUUGUGUAAUAAAGGAUAACCCGUUCUGUGAGUUUAUUACAGUUCCUUGGAUGAAACACUUGGUAGGCAGCGUUAUUCGUGUAUUAAUAGAUUACAUGGAUUAUAUCCCUCUGUGCGCUAAACUGAAGUCUGCACUGGAAGUACAGAGAGAAUGGCCUGAAAUCCGUCAAAUACUAGAGAAUCCUUGCUCAUUAAAGCAUUUGUGUCGGUUAAAAAUCCGAAGACUUAUGGGACUCCAGCGACUCUGCCAGCCAGCCUCAAUGAAGAAGCUUCCUCUACCGCCAAGUAUUCAAAGAUACAUAUUAUUUAAAGAGUAUGAUCUCUAUGGACAAGGGCUAAAAUUGCUAUAAUCUAUAAAUAAUAUUUUAAACGCCAUUUAAGAAAUAUUUUUAAAUGUGAUUCCCUAAGAGCAUUUCUUGGAAUCAUUUUACAUCCCUAAGUGUAUUUAAAUCCAUUGACAGUUUUAAAAUGGGAUCCUGUGUUCUUAUGAGAACAGUGUAUUUCAUAUCUUUAAAAACAUUUAUAUUGUGGUUUUUAAAAUUCAAGCACAGCUGAUACCCAAUAUUAUAUUGGUUAUAUUAAUUUCAGAUGUACAAUAUAGUAAUGUUACAUUUUAUACUUUAUGUGAUCACCCUAAUUCUAGUAAUCAUCUGUCACCAUGCGAGCUUAACACAAUAUUAUUAACUAUAUUCCCCUUCCCCUUUUCACCCACUCCCCCACCCCACCCUUCUGACAGCCAUCCUUUGGAAUAUAUUGUGAUUUUUUUAAGCUAGUUAAUAUUUUUUAUUUGAAUUUCUAUUGAUUUUCUUCACUUGCAAGAAGUCUUCAAAUUCUCCCUUCAAGUGGCUCCUACAAUAUCCAUCAGCAAGUCUCUCCUGUGUUUAUAAAACAAACACCCACUUUUUCCAACCACAUCUUCAGCCAGUCCCUGGCCCUUCCUCUCCUUUCUCUCAUGGCCAAACUGCAUGAAAGAGCUCCUUCCUGCCUGCAGAUUUACACACUGUAUCUGGCUUCUGCUCCCUCACUGCCCUUCUCAAGGUCCUUAACCACUUCAUGUUGCUAAUUCCAAUGAGCAUUCUUCAGUCCUUUCAGCUGAUUCCUGCACCAUCUGACACUUGCCUGCUCCCUCCUUGAAAAUGUCUUCCCUUGGUUUCCAACCUCGGUGUCUUGGCUGUCCUCCCAGACUGCUUUUUCUCUGGCUUCUUUCUGUGUGGCUUAUUUCCUUUAAGCUUUUUGUAAUGUCUUAAGCCUUUUUCUUAUGCCACAUUAUCUGGGAAAUUUCACCCAUGUUUGCAGUUUCGAUUACUACCUGUAUACAUUUGACUACCAAAUUUAUAUCUGAAGUUCAGCUCUUUCUCUCAUGUGCCUGAGACCUGUGUAGACAAUUGCCCUAAUGGUCAUGAACACCAAGAUACUUCAAGUUCAACAUGCCCCAAAUGAACUCAUUGUCUUCCUCCACCAAAAGGCUUCUUCUCUUACAUUCUCUAGCUCAAUGGUUAGUAUAGUUAUUGAUUCAGUUUCCCAAGUCAAAAGUCUGGACAUUCAUCUUGACCAUCCAAAUUUCCUUACCCAAUAUAACAGAUCAUCAAAUCCUGGUACGUUUAUCUCUCCAAAUUAUUUGCUACUCUGUUUCACUGAUUUUUGGCCCUAAUUCCAGCUCUUAUCUCCAUUUACUGAGAUACCCUAGUGCUGGCUAACUGGCCUUCCUUCCUGCUGUCCUGCCUCUUUCAACGCACAUGCUACACAUAACAUCCCGGAAUGAGCUUUUACAAAUGUAAGUAGAGUUUCAUUCCCCUGCUUAAAAUUAUUGCUCAUAGGAUAAAGUCCAAAUGGCCCCUCAUGAUCUGACUCCCUGUGUUCCUCCUCAGACUUAUCUCUCAAUGCCUUCCUUAACCCCCCCCUUCAAUCAUAUUAAACACAGUUUAGAAGUUUAAUCUUUGAACAGUGGUUCCCAGACUCAUGCAAAAUCUAUAAAUCAGUAGUUUUUGUUUCACUAAUUUUAAAAAUAGGGUCAUUUAUUUAAAUAUACAUAGAGGAUCCCAGAGGGAGAAAAAAUGCAUAUAUAUACACACAUAUAUAUGUAUAUAUACUAACCCAUAUAUAUAUAUAAACAUAUAUACUACUAUGAUUGUCAUUUCUUUAAAAAGAAACCAUUUUAGUGGCAAAAAUAAGGCACCCUUAAACUUGGUUAUUAAAAGGGUAUGACUUUAGCUUUGGAAAGACUUACCACACUGUCUUCAUUUUCCCAUUGAUGGGUGAAAAUUUCAUUCUGGCUGCACAAGUAUCUUAGGUUCUUUGUUUGGAAAUCACUGCUGCAGAAUAGAUCACGCUCUCUUGUAUCUCAGGGGUCUUUGCACUUUCUUUUCGCUCUGUCUGGAAUCCUCUUUCCAUCUCCUUCCUCCCCUCUCCACUUCUUACCCUACAGGUCUCAGCAUGGACGUUGCUUCCUCUAGGAUGGGAGGCUCCCACAUAGCAAUUCUCAUGUGUUAUCUCAGGUGCCUCUGUUUGUCCUCAGUUGUCUGCCCCACUAGACUGUAAGCUCUGUGAGGGCAGAGUCUAUGUCUGCUUUGUUUUCCAGUGUUUUCUCAGGGCCAGAUACAUUCCCUAGAGCACAGGGAGAGUUCAAAAACUAGUUGUUAAAUAUAUUAAAUGAGUGAAUGUUACACAAGACCCAGACAAAAUAACCAAUGACCUCAUGGUAAAUGAUAGUUUUUAAUCUCUGAAUUGGUUAUAUAACCGUAAUAUUGUAAUUAUUUAGAUUUAUUUUUCUUAGAUUUUAAUGUUUUCUUAUGUUUAUUUUUAUCUUAAGCAUUACUGCAUUGUUUCGAUUGUAAUACCUCACUGGUUGUGAAUUUUUCAAAUUGUAUUUAGUUUUAGUGUUCUUUGAGACAUAAAUAAGUAUAAAAAUUACUUGUACAAUUAUGGCUAUAGCUUUAACCCCUUGCAUUCCCUAGAGUUAUAUUUUUAUGUAAAUUAGACUGCAAUGUAUUUAAGUAGAACCGUAAUGUUUUAUGUAUAAAAUUUCAUGAUUCCUCUGUUGCUUUCCUACUUGUGGAGAAAAUGCAUUUUUACCUGUAAUGGUGUA